UUAUUUAAUUUUACUUCAUUUUAUCUUAUUUUAUUUAACUUUUUAAUUUAAUUUUACUUUAUUUUAUUUUAUUUAACUUUAUUUUAUUUUAAUUUCUUUUUUGUCCGCGGUGCUGAUGUUGCAGGGAGGGGCGUGACGUCACGGGGAGAGACCGGGAGGAAGAAGCGAAGGGGGAGAGGAGAAGAGGGGGAGCGAGAAGGGACGGAGGAGAGAGCGGGGGGAUGACUGCAUGAAAAGGAAAACACAAAACAACAAUCAUGACUCCUGUAAUUCAUCCUACGGGUUUUUUUCUUCAUAAACCAUAAUGCUCGCUGUGCUUACCGACACAGUAUGGCGCAAUAAAUGACGAGCCUCCCCGAUAAGUGUACGCUGGCUUGAGAGAGAUGUCAUCUCCGGGCAUGGGCACCCCCAGUGACCCCCUUUUGGCCAGUCCAGGAGGGAGGUUAUCCACAGCUCAGGAAGGUCUCUGGAGGAGCUCACUCCCCAAAACUGUCAGCUUUCCCACGUCCUCCACUCGGCACCUCAGCCACCGAGCCAACAACUUCCAAAGACAGCCAAAGCGCAGGAAGCUGAUAAGACCUUCGCCACCUCCACCGCCCAACACACCCUGUCCCCUGGACCAGCUGGACCUCAGUGAGCUUCCCCCGAGGCGCACCUUCCAAGAGCUGCUCUUCAAUGGCUGCAUCCUGUUUGGUAUUGAAUUUAGCUAUGCCAUGGAGACAGCGUAUGUGACUCCUGUGCUUCUACAGAUGGGUUUACCUGAUCAGUUCUACAGCCUGGUGUGGUUUAUCAGUCCCAUCCUGGGAUUCCUCGUUCAGCCUCUCCUUGGAGCAUGGAGUGAUCGUUGUACAUCCCGGUUUGGACGAAGGAGACCUUUUAUUUUUGCCUUGGCUAUAGGGGCUCUGCUGGGUCUAACCCUGGUGCUGAACGGGCGGGACAUUGGAGGUGUGAUGGCUGACACUGCAUCAAAUCACAAGUGGGGGAUUGUCCUGACAGUGUGCGGUGUGGUUCUGAUGGACUUCAGCGCUGAUUCAGCCGACAACCCGAGCCAUGCCUACAUGAUGGAUGUGUGCAGCCCUGAGGACCAGGAUCGAGGGCUGAACAUCCACGCACUACUGGCAGGUCUAGGAGGUGGAUUUGGCUACAUUGUGGGUGGGAUCAACUGGGACCAGACACAGUUUGGAAGGUCGAUGGGAGGUCAACUGCGGGUCAUAUACAUGUUCACGAGUAUCACUUUGGUGUUCGCCACAGCCAUGACUCUGAUGAGUAUCCCCGAGCGGCCCCUACCAAAGAGCCAGCCGAACAAAAACUCCAGCAAAAACCAUCUAAAAAGCCCGAGCCUGCCUCUUCCUCUCUCCCCCCCUGUCCCCCCUGGAUCAGCUCUGGGACUGGAUGAGGAAGAUGAGGAGGGUCUGUACAGCUACAACUUCUCAAAGUCUCACAACAACUCUGACCCUCUCGCCCAUUCCUGCAGUGCCAAUGCACGCCUCUGUGCUGGCCUCACCAGCCCCAUAUCACCCCUGAGCCCCCUCACCCCAAAAUAUGGCAGCUUCAUCAGUAGGGACAGCUCACUCACAGGCAUCAAUGACUUUGCCUCUUCAUUAGGAACCUCCUACAUAGACAGUGUGCUCAUAAACUGCUACACAGGUCAGCACACACCACAGGCCCUGGCCCCAAACUCCACCGCUGCACCCCUGCCCCCAGGGGACUCCCCUCCUCCUGACGAGUCUACACAGGGAGCAGGGAGCCAUCCUGCGGAACAGACUCAGCCUGAUGUGGUGUCCCAUCCAGCUGGGGAAGCUCAGGACGCAGAAGUGCCGCAGCCUGAGGGAGAUGCAUCUCAGGUCACAGCUGGGGCUCACCCCGGUGCAGGGUCACACCGGGGCUCUUCUGCUGGUAUCCUGAAGCGACCCCAGAGUCUUCCACUAAUGGAGGAGCCCAUGGCAACCCAGAUUGUGGGGCUGGAGAACGGACGCAGGAGGACGGUGACCUUCAGCCAGCAGGUGGCAAACAUUUUGCUGAAUGGCGUGCGCUAUGAGAGUGAUCUGAGUGAGAAUGUGGAGACAGGAGAAUCGCAGAUGUCGAUGAAGCUGCUGUGUAUAGCCAUCUACAGGAUGCCUCCCUCUCUGCGAAGUUUAUGCACUAAUCAUUUUCUGGGCUGGCUGUCCUUUGAAGGCAUGCUGCUCUUCUACACUGACUUCAUGGGGGAGGUUGUGUUUGAUGGAGACCCCAAGGCACCCCACGACUCCGAGGCUUAUCAACGGUAUAAUGCUGGUGUUAGCAUGGGCUGCUGGGGCAUGUGCAUCUAUGCAUUCAGUGCUGCUUUCUACUCAGCCAUAUUGGAGAAACUGGAGGAGCGUUUCUCUCUUCGCACUCUAUAUUUUUUUGCCUACCUGGCGUUUGGUUUGGGCACGGGCCUGGCCACACUGUCCACCAACAUCUACGUGGUACUUUCUCUCUGUGUCACCUAUGGGGUGCUCUUCUCCUCUCUAUGCACGCUGCCUUACUCUCUGCUGUGUGAAUACUACCAGAGCCCUCAGUUUUGUGGCUCGUCAGAAGAAGGAACCAGACGAGGGAUGGGGGUGGACAUCUCUCUGCUCAGCUGCCAGUACUUCCUGGCUCAGAUCCUGGUCUCUGUGGCGAUGGGACCUCUGACCUCACUGGUGGGUGGGGCCCAGGGAGUGAUGUACUUUGCAAGCCUGAUGUCAUUCGUGGGCUGCCUGUACUCCUCCCUCUGCGUGGUGUACCAGCUGCCCCCCCCUGAGGGUGAGCCCCCUGAUAGCGAGACCCAGCCACUAUUGGUGCACAUUUAGAAAAGUCUCUCAAUUUACUUUACCUCACGCAUACACACACACACACACUCUGAACGGGCACACGCUCUCACGCUGUCGCUUAGUGUCUGAGUGUGUUGACCAUCACAGCAUUGAUAUGACAACAAAAAACCCACACUGCACAUCCUGCCGCACACUGUACAGCACAAUUCCAUAUAUUGUUUCACACUGAUCAGCGCUGCUCUUCUCAGAGCUAGACAGACAGACAGACAGACAUUGGCCACUGCUCUAAUAUGUGUAUACAUGACCAGUGUGUUCAUACAGUGUGUGUGCUCAUGCAUUUUUUCCUAACAUUUGCAAAUGAAUGUGUGACCUUUUUGAAUGUGGGAGAAACGUGUGUGUGUGCGAGAGAAAGAGUGUGACCUCUUUAACAAUAGAUAAGCCGUUCUUCUGUCUGAUUCUUUGCUGUAAAAUCGUGCGUCAUCUUUUUCUUGCUUGUUGGUGUUUAGUAUAGAAAUGUUGAUCAUGUACGUACAGGCUAACCACAGCUUUCCCCCUCUUUUUCUUCCUUUUAUCAGUUGCCUAACGUCUGCAUGAGCUGCAAUGUAAUCUCUCAAAGCCUUGUGUUAAUGUUUUGUUUCGGUCACACGGCCAAGGGAAUGUCUACCUGCCUGUUUCUCUGAGUUAGCAUAUUAGCAUCACACCUUAGGCAGGAUUUGUUUCUGACUAAACGAAUGUGCUGCCAGUGUCCACUCACACUCGACGCUCCUUCAUCAAUUCAAGAGCUCUUUAAUUUAGCAAACACUUAAUAUUCACUUGAAGCUGAACAACACUUAAUCACAGUCUUGAAGGGCUUGUUCACAUUUUAACAGCAAAUAAAAAAACAACACUUUCCACACAAUCCAGUUACGACGAGACUUACCAGUGAGCUAUCCCCAAAUUUCACACUUUGGUGCUGGGUGACUCUUAAUCAAGUCCCAAGUAUGAGUACUAAGCCAAUUAAGUAAUUAAUCAGCAUAUAGCCAUGACAAAAAAAGACGACAUGCUCGUACACAAACGCUCAAAAACACAGAGAAAUGUGUGCUGGUGGCAAAUUCUGUCUGGGCCCUCACUAAGCCAUGGUACAGCCGCGAGCUGUCACCCUAACUCCUGGCCAUGCCAUUGUAAUAAUGACAGUGAUUCUUGUCAUUAUCAGGAAGAGGAGAAGUUGAAACUGGGGUGUGAAUCAGCAUUCAGUCGGAAACCGAACAAAACAGAGGAACAGCAAACAGGGAGAAGACUCAUGUGAACUAUGGGUAACCCUGAAGUUGGACAACACUGAAAGAAAAGACUGUGGGGGUUCAUAGAGCCAGCAGCAAGUGCUUAUGUCAUCAUUAGGGCGCAUGCUAAAGGUAGUAGGCUUCUGCUCCACCACGCUCGGCCCAUCGACUCAGUAUAGUGAUGUCCUUACGUUUGUUAGCCAACUUCCCUGACAGGAAGUAUAAUUUAAUUUUCCAUCCGAAAGAAGCUAUCUUCAUCAGCACAAUGGUACAUAUAUAAUUUAUUUUAUACAUCUGUUGUGCCAUGGAAUACAGCAGUAUGUUCGUCUGUUGAGCCUCAACACGGGCGCAGAGCCUGACUUCAGGACUUUAACAAAGGUUUACUUUAUUAUAUAACCUGGUGAAGCCUACCAUUGUGUUGGUUUCAUUGAUUGGUUCACACCAACGUUAUGGUACAAGUCAUAAGUGCUGCCUCAGCAGAAUGUUGAUUAUUGCCUACUAUUUAAGCCUCCUGGACUGACUGGAUGCACGCCAUGCUUACGUUUCUGAGGAAACUUAACUGUAUGGAUCAUGCUGUUGCAGCUUGCUUGAGAAAAAAAACAAACAAGUUUUGUGUCAUAUGGUACCACCAAUUGCUCAAUAUUAGCAGUGUUACUGUAAAAGCUACUUUUAUUCAGGGUUCAGUUAAAACUAAAAAUGAUCAUUUUGCCAUUUUGGACUCCUGUGUCAGUUAUUGGUUUUCUCUUGAAGCUCCUACCAGUUGUCACCCCAGCUGACUUCUGAAAUAAUGAGCUGCAAUCUUUAAGUCCACCACACGGGGGAGCUGGAGACACAAGACAGCAACCCAUUGAUUCUGUGCACCCUUUUCCAUUACCAAGUGAGGGAGAUUAUUCCUGUUCCUUCCUCCAUCUAAGCCAGCCAUUUUCCAUGUUCUGAAAAAAAUUGGGUCAAGUGACAUCAUCUCCUUAUUAAGCCAUGGUUUAAAGAAGCACCAAUGAUGAGGUAACAAACACACAAAUCAGAUACCUUUAAGUAAAAAGACAAUUUAUUUGUUAAUCAGAAUAUACAAAGCAGUGGCUGAAGUAACCGAAUGUCAUUCUGGUUCUGAAAAAGGCAGUCUUGGACACAAAACUGGGCUACCCAGCCAUAACAUAAAACUCAUUGAAAACGUAAGAAAAAACAAAACAAAAACGUAUAAAUGGUACAAACUUGCGUGGAAUGCAUACAGAACAAAUGACCAAAGCUUAAAGAUUUAAGAGGGGGUAAUUAACAUUGCAAAAUCCUGCCUCCAUGAAACAAGGUCAAGGAAUCUUAUCAUGGAGGCGCAAGACAGAGCCCCUUUAUUCAUUUUGCACCAUCUGUUAUGUUAUCAGGGCAGCCAAGCCAAGGAUUAACUAGCAGCUCAACACAAAAAAUAA